AUGGAGAUCAUAUGGCUGCGAAGGUUGUUAACCGAGAUAGGUUUUUCCCCAAAGCGGAAAAGUCAAUUGUUCUGUGACAAUAAGGCGGCGAUUAGCAUCUCAGAAAACCCAGUGCAUCACGAUAGGACCAAGCAUGUGGAAGUAGAUCGACACUCCAUCAAAGAAAAUCUUGAAGCUGGGGUCAUCGAAUUUCCAUUCGUGAAGUCUGAAGAUCAACUUGCAGAUAUUCUUACUAAGGCAGUACAUCAUAAGCAACCGUUGCCUCUCUCGAUUACCAUCUUCACGGAGACGGUGGAGAGACGACAGCUGUCGGAGAAAGCUCUUGAUUUCGCAGUCAUCAAUCCGGCUUAUGCGGCUAAGGAAAAUAGGGAUCCGGACAAUUUGACAGCAGCCGAGGAUGAUGGUUAUUUGGUGACAUACGUUCAUGAUGAUAAUGCUCAAGAAUCAAUGUUUUUGGUAAUGGAUGCAAAGUCGUCUACCCUAGACAUUGUCGCAGCCGUCAAGCUGCCACAACGGGUGCCUGGUGCCUUCCACUGCCUCUUCCUGUCGGAACUCGAACUCCGGAUGGCAUCAUCCUAA